AUGUCAUUAGAUGCCAUCACACGUAUGAUGAAUUCUUUCAAACAUUUCGAAAAGAAAUUAGACAAGUUACAAGAUGACGUAAAUUAUCAAGGCCAAACACUAUUAGAUCUUCGAGUAAUGAUGAUGAAUCUCUCUGCUGGACACAUAGGCAGCCCUGAUGCUAAGUCAGAUGAAAUGAAACGUCCACGAAAUAAAGCGGAGGGUAUAGAACACGAAGAUAAAAUACUCCACACGGCGACGAUUGAGAAUAAUAGGCAGGUGGGACCGAAGUCUUUGCCGGUAAGUAAAAUACCAAGCCAAAAAAGGAGGAGGCUGUCUGCUUUGGACAAGCCGGCAGAAGCUUUGGCACAGAAAAUAGAACCAAGUCAAGUACAUAUACAGAGGCAUAGAAAAGCUGACGCGAUCCGCAAAGGCAACGCUGUAAGGGUACAUAAAAAAAAAUCGGAAAAAAAGAAACCAGUCAAAGUAUAA